AUGCUAAACACGCCAAAUCGAUCCAGCGAGGGCUCUGAUGGGCCCAAGCAAGAAGUCCUCAUCCACCAAUCCACCGCAUCCCAGGACGUACAUGGAUCUCCCGAGAACUUUAACGGCUUGAGGCUAUCGCCACGCCAGAUGCGAUUGUUGGAGCCACGGACUACCAAGCGACCGACUGUAUCGUUGGUUGGCGGCUGCGGAAUUGACGGCAUCCUAUUUGCACUAUCGGCAGCGUUCUUCGGAAUCGGUUUGCUUGUGUACCACUUUGACGGCAUGCGCACGGCGCGUCACCCAACGACAGUCCCUUACCUGCUUGAGGCUCUCAGAUACGCACCCACCAUCUUCCCAAUCCUCUUCGCUACAGUCGUGGGUCGCGCGACGAAAGCCUUCUUAUCGUGGCGCCUGGAGCGUGGCGAGAAGCUUGGGUUUUUGGAUCUCCUCGCGAACUGCACCAGCGUUGUCAACUCUGUGUUGGCACAAUGCACGCUACAGAGCUUCAGCAUUGCGGGAUUCGCGAUAGCCAUCCUAUGGGCCUUCUCGCCUGUAGCUUCUCAGGCAUCACUACGUGUUAUGAGCCUUGGGAGUGCCAACGUCACGCACUUCGCGCCAGUCACAUACAUGUCCGCUAACAGCAGCUACGAAUUCUGGGAGGCCGAUGUCUCGAAAGCCAGAGCAGUUGCGUCGGCCAUCUUCUCUGCCUCGAUGCUAGCACCAAUGAGUGUGAAGCGUGCGCCGGUUGAUACUUGGGGCAACGUCAAAAUUCCCAUGGUCGAGAGACUCCCUGAUGCACCAGUCUCAGUGACUGACACUCGAUGGCGCGACGUUCCGACGGGGAACACAUCCUAUGCAGCUUUGGUAGGCCUUCCAAUGACCCUUCCAUCUGGUGACCAGAGCGCAUUUACAAUCGAGACGGCGUACUGGUAUCUGGACUGCGCGUCCCUCGAGAAAUCCGGUCUCGGCGCCACGAUACUCCCGUCCAGAUCAUGGCAGGGCUUUGCGGCCACGGGGACCGAGCUCGUUUCGAAUACUAGCCACGAGCUCGUUUCGAAUACUAGCCACGUACGUCUAUCGCAAUCAUGGAAGGACGAUUGGGGCUGCUCCCGCAGGCCGAACCAGAAAGACGUAGCGCCCCGUCUCCUCGUAUAUACAGCGGCGAGCUUAGCAGGCUGGACGCAAGCAACAUGUUACAUCGGAACCACAGAAAUCGAGGCCGAAGUUACAUGCACGGACAAGUCUUGCGCAGUCUCCAGGAUCCGCCGCGCUCAGCGACCACAUACUUCAUCCGGCUGGACAUUCUUGGACGCCAGUGGCUGCAAAGUGUGGACAUUCUUUGCUCAAAAUUUUGUUCAGUUGUUGACUGGUCUGGCGUCGAGCGAGUCGCACCCAGUACCGUCAAGUGGUCUGCCGUCCAUCUCGCAAGGAUACUUGCUGAACCCCUCAGCACCAGCGACAACAGAAGAAACUUUGGCCCAUGCAAUGUGGAAGCUCGAUACGACAGUGUUCGCGGAACGAUUCGGUCAGCUGAUGAACACGGGCUGGCUGGCUCAGAUCGGAUUCAGUGCUAUGACCGAUGUACAGGGCGAGAUCUCAGGGUGGGUCGACCCGGGAAACCGAACAAUUCGCCAUUCCGUCACUACCGCACAUAUAAAGAAGAGCGUCGAGGUCGUUCGUUGUCACGAAGGCUGGCUGGUUGUUCUCCUGCUCGGCUCGGGGCUGUUGAUGGUUGUAAGUCUAGUGCCAGUUGCGGUGAGAUUGUUCGCGCAGGGGCCGAAAUUUGAGCUGAUCGUAUCGACGCUGGUCCGUGACAAUCCAUACGUUGCUGCACCGCCAGGCGGCUCAGCAUUGGAUAGUGCCAGGCGCGCGAGACUAUUGAAGGAUCUCAGAGUCAAGCUGGGCGACGUGAUGCCGCGGAGGGAAAUUGGGCAUUUGGCUGUGGCAUCUUUGGAUAGAAGGGUAGCUGUAGAGGAUGUGUGGAGGGGACGGAUGUACGAUUGA